AUGAAGAGGCUCGCUCGUACGCUAUUCUGGUACCCUGGAUUAGACAAAGACAUUGAAAGAUCUACACCCCUCGAGAGUGGCAAAUCGCCAGCACAACUGCUCUUGGGAUUCGAGCCCCGGACAAGGCUGUCCGCCCACUUUCCAGAAGGCGAGGUGCCUGCAGGGGCCGACACGAUCCAGCCUUCGUCGACCAAAGCACCACCACUGUUCCCACCCGGAAAGCCCGUCUGGUCCCGCCAUUUUCAACGAGGGCGAAAAUGGCUGCCAGGGACUGUGAUAGCGACGGAAGGGAAUCGGAUGGUAAAGGUUGAGACACCCCUGGGAACCCAGCGCCGUCAUGUAGACCAGUUGAGGGCACGGCGGGCGUUAGCCACACCAGAAAAAAAGGAAUCAAGGCUCGGCUCCAGCUUAGCGGAACCACAGCCCGACGCAGACGCUCGAGAAGCAAGUGCAACGCAGAACUUCAGUCCAGCGGCCCCUCGGUCGCCCGGCUCGACUCAAGAAACAUGGGCGCCGGAGGCAGUUCCAACUCAACUCCGCCGAUCAACGCGAACAAGACGCCCUCCGGAACGACUGGGCUUUUGA